AUGUCGUCAUUUGGAAGCAGCUCCACGACGCUUAUAGGGAGUGGCUCGCCUCCACGGAGACGGCCGAUUUCGCCGCCGUGGGUCGACGAGCCGCCCGACUGGUACUCGCCGACUGGAGACUCUGACUACUACAGCACCAGUGCCGAUACCUCGACUUCUAACAUCAACGGCCCGUUCCCGGGCAGCAGCGAGACAUCGAUGCCACCGGGGGGGGUACACCCCGUCUCGGCGGACCAACCGCUCGACUCUGCGCACGGCGUCGGCGCCGUUGAGCACCCUCUCGGGCGACGGUUCAGGCCCGGUGCCUCGGUCUUCGGGGAGGUCUCCAAGCUCGUACGAUGUCCGGACCUCACGGGGAUCAUCCGGGUCCUCCUCCCCGCGGGCACGUUCAUCGCGAGCCAUUCUGCGCCAAGGGGCAGCACCGCGACGUGGUGCCGACAGACGGCGCGGUGGUCGGGGCGACCGCCUUCCAACAUACGCGGCAGCAGUCUCCUCAAACGCUUCGAUCGGCCGCGCGAGGAACAGAUGGAUCCCGACCUCAGUCACGCCGCCGCCUACGUACACAGCAUCGGCAACCCGAGGCUCCCAGGCGUCCCCGUCUACACAGUCUUCCAGGGCGAGAUCUCGGGCCCGGACCCAGAGGUCGUCCCUCCCAACAUUGACAACACUGUACUCACGUGCAGCGGCGAGAUUAUCAGGCGCUACUCGACGGCGUCGGGCAUCCCGACCACAGCAACAGCGGCAGCGGAUGACCUCGAGGGCCUCCCAGCGGAGCAGCUCGCCCGAGUCCCCAGUGCGCGACGAGUUCGGCAUCGUAGUCCCGCGGGCAUACCGGCAAGCGAUGCAACCCGUGGGGCCACGGCCCAAUUUCCAAGCCGCCGUCCAGGUCGCGCGGCGCAUCGACGCGGCUCGGGCGCGGGAACGGCCCGCUCGGGCUCGAUACGUGAUGCCGGACCGCGGCUUUUCGGGCCUCGAGCGCGGCCGGGCGCUGCGCCAUCACGCCGACGGGUCCGACUCAGCAUCCCGAGCCCGUGGGGAGUCGAUCCGCGGAUGUUCGCGCGCGCGAGGUCGCGUUCGCAGCCCCUUCGGGACCCCGACGGAGUUCUUGGAUCCGAGUCUUCCGAUACGCCAUCCCUCCCCUCCUCUGGCCCCCAGUCCUGUUCUUCGUCUGGUUCCAUCUCCAGCUAG